AUGGCAAGGCUCGCUGACUAUGUCAACUACGAGGCUGGCGAAGCAUCUGGAAUGUACCACGUCCACGAUCCGACUCUGGAAGUGAUCAUGCAUACUGUGCAAACUGGGCAAGGGGCGUUCCUUAAGGUGCCC